AUGGAAGCUUUUAGACCUUUUUUGCAAUUUGCGCAAACAGAGUCCAACAUUGCUACUACUGAUGACAUAGCAGAACGUCCUGAAGUCGUAGAUGAAGGAAUUGAAGCCAGCAAUACACAAAACGAAGCUACAGAGAGUUCAGACAACGGUAACGAAGCCAGUACUGGGACUACUGUACAAGAAAAAUCGGCACAAAUCUCAUAUAUUCGUAAUUCAAGCCAGAAGAGAAAAGCGGUAGAAAAGUCGACAUCGAACAAUUCAUCUAAUGUUGACAAAGUUAUUCACUUUUUGGAUAAAAGGCACUCGAAUGUUACAAAUACCUGCGACAGCAUAGAUUUAACUUUUCAAGGAUAUGCUGCAAGCGUUAAAAAACUGUCUAAUCGACGCCAGACUAUAGUGAAAUAUAAAAUCGCCAAAAUCAUAAUGGAAGAAGAACUGGCUGAAGAAGCGGAAACUCAGAUGGACAGUCGACCGGGCACUAAAUUAAUCAAGAAAUGGAGAAAUAUCAAGAAUAAUUACGUGAAGAGUUUGAAGAAGACCAAAUCUGGGCAGGCAGCUCAAUCUGGAAAACGGUACAUCUAUGCUCGACAGCUAUCGUUUCUUCAAACUGCAGGUGCGAGAACAGAAACCCAGUCCAGUUUUGGUAAUGAUGAUGAGGAAGAGGACCCUCUGGAGGAACAACCAGAACAGAAUCGAACAAAGGAAAAUGAAACUGAAAAAUCUCCACGCUAUGAACAAAAUUCUUCUAAAAAACGCAAACGUGAUCUGGAGUCGGCUUUGAUAGAUUCUAUGAAGGCUCCAAGUCCGUCAUCACUUGUGGCUUCCGCUCCAGAGCCUAAUGCAGACAGAUCAUUUUUUGAGAGUAUUCUUCCAUCAAUAAGUAAUUUUACAGAAGACCAAAAACUAGAGUUCCGCUGUGAAAUUUUGAACAUUAUCAAACGGAUGAGGAUGACCUCGUUCCCACAGAAUUAUAGAAACACACCCAACCCAUCGCCUCAACCUCAAUUCCACUCAUCUUCCUCACAGUCCACAUCAAGACCUUACCAUUUCCACCACUUGCCUCAACCUCAAUCUCAUCCAUCUUCCUCGCAAUCAACACCAACGCCUCCCCCUUCCAACUAUUUGCCUCACUCCCAGUCUAAUCGAUAUUUUUCGCAGUUGACAGAGUUGACACCUACCCCAUCCUUCCUAUCACUUCCCCAGUCUUUGGACAUCAUGUCGCAGCAAGAAGCUGAGAGUCAAGAUACUUUCAGGAAUUAG